AUUGCCGAGCAGACCACUUGCGAAACCAGCUGAAGACAGGAAGAAGACAGUACUUAGCUUUUAAAAGUUACUUUUUCUUUCUCCAUAAAAUUGCCCUGUAUUUUACAUACAUCGUGGUCAUCUGAUUUUCUAUGCUGCAGGAAAUGGACUUAAAUUAGAAAACAGGCUGUGUUCUAGAUUAUGACCUCAACCAAGAGCAAUCGCUACAACCGUUUCUCUGGAGGUGCAACAAACAUACCCACAGCAGACAAUACAAGUAUUACAAGAAUGGAAACUACUUUUGGUCCAGCAUAUUCCACUGUCACUACCAUCACUAAAGCUGAUGGAACAAAUACCUUCAAGCAGCAUCGGAGGACUCCAUCUUCUUCUAGCACACUGGCAUAUUCACCCAGAGAUGAAGAUGAUGCAAUGCCUCCAAUCAGUACUCCACGUCGAUCAGAUUCGGCCAUAUCUGUACGGUCCCUGCACUCGGAAUCGAGCAUGUCUCUCCGAUCUACGUUUUCUCUACACGAAGAGGAAGAUGAGCAGGAACUUCUGGUUUUUGCGGAACAGCCUUCAGUAAAAUUAUGUUGCCAACUUUGUUGCAGUGUGUUCAAAGAUCCUGUCAUCACUACAUGUGGACACACAUUUUGCAGAAGGUGUGCCUUAACAUCUGAAAAGUGCCCUGUUGACAAUGCAAAGCUGACCGUUGUGGUUAAUAACAUAGCUGUGGCUGAACAGAUUGGAGAGUUGUUCGUCCACUGUAAAUAUGGCUGCAGGCCAGCUUCAAAUGGGAAACCAGGGGCCUUCGAGGUUGACCCACGAGGAUGUCCAUUCACUGUAAAGUUGAGCGGUCGAAAAGAUCACGAGGGCAGCUGUGAUUAUAGGCCAGUUCAUUGUCCGAACAAUCCAAACUGCCCACCACUGUUGAAAAUGAACCUUGAUUCCCACCUUAAACAAUGUGAACACAUCAAGUGUCCCCACUCAAAAUAUGGGUGUGUGUUUGUUGGGAAUCAGGACACCUACGAAGCCCACUUAGAGGUGUGCAAGUUUGAGGGUCUGAAGGAGUUCCUGCAGCAGACAGAUGAUCGCUUUCACGAGAUGCAAGUAGGGCUGGCUCAAAAGGAUCAGGAGAUCGCCUUCCUUAGGUCAAUGCUGGGGAAACUCUCUGAAAAACUUGACCAGCUGGAGAAGUCGCUGGAGCUGAAAUUUGAUGUUUUGGAUGAAAACCAAAGUAAACUCAGUGAGGACCUAAUGGAGUUCCGCAGGGAUGCCUCAAUGCUAAGUGAUGAACUUUCACAUAUCAAUGCCAGAUUAAACAUGGGAAUCCUGGGUUCUUAUGACCCUCAGCAGAUAUUUAAGUGCAAGGGUACCUUUGUGGGUCACCAAGGACCAGUUUGGUGUUUGUGUGUCCACUCUACUGGCGACCUGCUCUUCAGUGGCUCUUCGGAUAAAACGAUCAAGGUAUGGGAUACCUGUACCACAUACAAAUGCCAGAAGACUCUAGAGGGACACGAUGGAAUAGUCUUAGCCCUUUGCAUUCAAGGGAACAAGUUGUACAGUGGCUCAGCAGACUGCACAAUAAUUGUUUGGGAUGUUCCAGCUUUGCAAAAAGUCAACACCAUUAGGGCACACGACAAUCCAGUUUGCACUUUGGUAUCAUCACAAAACAUGCUCUUCAGUGGCUCACUCAAAGCAAUUAAGGUUUGGGACAUUGUAGGCACAGAUCUAAAUCUGAAGAAGGAGCUAACUGGUUUGAAUCACUGGGUGCGUGCACUGGUGGCUUCUCAAAACCACCUUUACAGUGGAUCCUACCAAACAAUCAAGAUAUGGGACAUAAGAACUCUGGAAUGCGUGCAUGUACUACAGACCUCUGGAGGGAGUGUUUAUUCUAUCGCAGUUACUAAUCACCACAUUGUGUGUGGGACAUAUGAAAACCUCAUCCAUGUAUGGGAUAUAGAAUCUAAAGAGCAGGUUCGAACUCUGACAGGCCACGUAGGCACUGUAUAUGCCUUGGCUGUGAUUUCAACACCAGAUCAGACGAAAGUCUUCAGUGCAUCUUAUGACCGAUCGCUCAGGGUUUGGAGUAUGGAUAACAUGAUCUGUACGCAGACCUUGCUCCGUCACCAAGGCAGUGUCACUGCACUAGCCGUCUCCAGAGGACGCCUCUUCUCGGGUGCAGUGGAUAGCACGGUUAAAGUGUGGACCUGUUAGGACUCAAGAUUUUCUAAAUGGACUGCAGCAUCCUGCGUGGCUUGACUUUCUAAUGUGGAGAUUGUUGGAAUGGAAGCAAAGCCACCACAAGUUGGCAGCCACACUGCAAUCUGUUCUAAGAUUGCUGUCCGAUUGUGUUUUUGUAGUCUUAUCAGCAUGACAUGCUUUGUACAGAAAGGCGCUGCAGGGGGAAAGUGACACACUCAUAUUGCCAGCACACUAGAAUUAGCAAAGUUCGUAAGGGAUUGAUUGAAGGUGGUUGAGAAGAACACAAGGUGGUCAAAGAUGGGCACUGUAGACUGCCCUUCAUAAUUAUCAUAGGGUUGAAUUUUUUUGAAGAUAAGUGUGUCACUGCGUGUAGGUAUAGGAGCCUGCAUUCAGGUGUGUUUGUACUUCACCAGAAUCUGACGAACCAGGUUCAGACCCACUCUGCACUAUUGAAAAUGAAAGUUGCUGGGAAAUGUCUUGCAGCUCACUGCAAGUGUCCCACUACAGCGACAUAGUAGGUGACUGUACCUGUCAUUAGCCUUGCAGUCUCUGCAUGUUAUUUCAUGCUCUUUGAAGUGCACACCCACAGAAAUGCUGCUUCAUGAGCCGCAGGCAAGUGAAACCUUCAACCCAUAUAUUAGCCAACCUUAAUUUGAUCCGUGUUUACUUUUAUAAGAACAAUUUGUAUUAUCGCAAGGCAGGAAGAUCAUCGAAGCUGUGAUCCCUUUACCUUCUGAAUGCCUUCUUAAAACAAAUUGUAACGAGACAGCUGUAAUGAGGUACGAUUUCUCCAUCACUGCUUCCUCACUUGGCAAAUCCAGUAUUCCAAAAACCAUCCUUUGCCAAUGUUUUAGCAGCUGAGACAUAUAGCAACAAUUUCACAUUGAAAGUAAUAUCUACUGCUGCUACAUGCUCACUUCUGUUUUUAGUGCUUUAUAAAGGAUCUUUACACAAUUGCUGUAAGAAUGAAAUUAACAAGGCUUUAAAAUCAGGCUGGCUGCAGCAAGCUUCGUAAACAAUCAGUGUUGUGCAAUUAUUGAUUUUCACACUCUGUAUGUGAAUUUUAAUAGGAUGAUUAAAUAGAUGUGAAUAGGAAGAUGGAAUUGUCCGAAGCUCCCAUUCUAUUUCUUUUUGAAAAUGAAAAUCUACAAGGCUUUUCCUCCCACUGGGUCUCCCUGAAAACUCACUGAUUAAUGUACAGAAUGGAACAGUACUGAGCUAAAGAAUCCAGGUAAGGUCAGGUCAGCCAGGGUAACAAUGAGGGCUGUUGUAUUUGUCCUCUCCAUCCCAAAGCUAAGAGAGCUGAAAUUCAUCCAGGGCUCCCACUCUGGAUUGACAUCUAGUGACAUUCAUUAUAAAUAUGCACUGUAUGGAUUUCAGGCUGAAUGCACUUGUGCAAGAGGUUCAGAGAUUAGACACCAGGGGCAAAGCACACUGGCACUUCAUGAAAGUCACCGACUUGAGAGAGGAUAAGACGAAAGUUGUGGGAAAGGUUCCACUUUUUUUCCCCAUGGACACAGGCUAUUGGAAGUUAGCAAAAAAAAAUCUUUAUGCAAUGUCCAUGAUGCAGUGGCUUUCUUCCAGUCAGGAGAGCCCUGGAACUGAUGUACAAUGUAAAUCAGGCAUUCGCGAACAAGCUUUGCCUCUUCCAGCACAAGAAAUCUCUGUUGUUUACUGACAGAAUGCAUGUAAACGCACAGUUUACAAUUAAAUAUAAAUCCAUACAGAUUCGGUGCAACCUUCAAUGCAACAAAACACCACCUGUAGAAAUCUUCAUUUUUCUUGUCUGUUAUGUGGCACAUGAUUUUAAAAAAAGACCCAGUCUAGACAUUAAACAAUUCUACUUGUUCAGCUGCUCUAUAUUAAAGUGCAAGUCUAAAUUGUUGGCUUCUGGGAGUUAGAAUAAGGUUGAUGUGACAUAGAUUUACCCAAGGAAGGAUCCACCUGCUACAAAUGUAGUAUAUAUUUGACUAUAUCAAAUAUUUCAAUAGGAAUCAUUUAUACAAGUAUAGGUAUCAUGUGAUUUGAGAUUGUGAAUGAAAAUCGAUAUUCAAUAACCACAGUAUGGCUCUGGAUAUUGAAUAAAUGUUAGCUGUGUACAUGAGAAUUACAGGUAGACAUUUGUAGUUUACAACACAAGCAUAUGUUUCAACACAAUGAUUGAAAGUAUCCACAGUGAGAGUAUUUGGUUGAAAUUAGCCUAUUUAAAAAAAAAGUUUUUCUAAUGAGAUAAGUGCCUAAUUUUUAGAGCCCAUCUGUACCUGCAUUUAGCUCAUAAACACCAGUCACUCCAUUAGUUGUGCUAAAUCUACCUGUUGAGUGAACAGGUACGCGGUGAAAGAUUAUCAUAUUGACCAUUUCUGAAAUGCACUCUGUUUGAGACAAGAAAGUUUAUUCCCCAGUUUAUUGUGUUGAAUGUACAGGGUAAUUAGCAGCCCCAACCUUGUAACUGCAAUGUUAUGUGGCAGCAACAAUGUUCUGCAAGGAAACUGCAACUUAGUUGGUGCUGCACCUGUUGAAGAAGGGCUGCUUUCAUGUAACUUCUCAAAUUCUGCAUUGCAUGCAUACACGCGUGUUCAGCAUGGAUGUAUUUUAUAUUGAAACAGAGAAUGUCUGUUUUAAAUGCCUAUUUUUAAAAUCUUAAAUGUUUUAACGAAUGAUCAGUUAGGAAAACUGCAACAAAAGCAAAGCAGAAAAGGGUCAUGCAUUUUGCAUGCCUCGUUGUCUUGUUUUGUAGAACUAUCCAGAAAUGCCUUAUUUGGUUUAUUUUCAGGAGUUCAGUACUUGAAAACCAGCAGACUCUUACCUGUUAGAAAAGUGGUUUGAUCUGUUGCUUUUUGAGACAUCACAGAGAGAAACUUAAAAUUGUUGCCAAACACAACAAUUGUUGAUCAUAGCUGAUCAAGACAUGGGUUUCAAUUUGCCAUCCCAAUCCACUUCUUCCAUCGUCUCCUUUUAUCACAGAGUAGUUCUGUCCAAGCAAAACAGUGUGGCUGAUCAGUGAUGCGUUAAUCAAGUUGCCAAAAUAAUUUGUGUACAAGGCCCCCCCGUCUGCUGGGCAACAUUGAGGCAAAGCUACUGUCAACUACAAGUAUGUUCAUCUGUUUAUCUGCUGCUUCAAGCAUUGUCUGGUACACAACUAACCUAGAGAAGUAACCAAAGCUCCUUUCAGUAAUUUUGCACCUAUAUUGUGUUGAAAAGAUUGUGAAACUGAUGUGUUACGUGACUGUAGAUUUUUAUUAUUUUGUUAAAGUAUUCACAACAAUAAAUCAUCCUCCCUA